AUGGAUAUUCAGUACGUAUUAGAUCCUUAUGCUUGUGCUGUUUAUAUCCUUUCAUAUAUUACUAAAGGUCAAAGAGGAAUGAGCAAGUUACUUCGUAAAGCAUGUGAGGAAACAAAAGAAGGCAAUAAGAAUAUUGUUAACAAGGUGAGACAUAUUGGUAACAAAUUUCUCAAUGCUGUUGAAAUAAGUGCGCAAGAGGCUGUCUACUUAGUAAUGCAAAUGCCUUUGAGACGGUCGUCUCGAGAAUUCCAAUUUAUCAAUACAUCUGACCCACAUGAAAGAACAUUCUUGUUAAAAAGUAUGGAUAAAAUUAAAGAACUUCCUGAUCAUUCUGUUGGUAUUGAAUCAGAUAACAUUAUUAAAAGAUAUCAGAGAAGACCAAAGAAAUUGGAAAAUUUAUGUCUGGCUAAUUUUGUGGCUUGGUUCAAUUGUAAAAGUGACAGUAAUAAAAAAAGCAAACUUAUAUCAAAUUCACCAUUAAUAGAUGAUUAUCUUACAGAGAGUAAUUUCCAUAAUAAUGUAGAUGAUGAUCUUUCUGAUAAAGAACAGAACAUAUUUGAAAAUGAUGAAUAUGAAAUGAAAGGUGGAAUGACAUUCGUGAAGAGACAAAAGCCAAGAAUCAUACGGUUGGUUAGAUUUAAUAAAACCAAAGAUCCAGAAAAUUAUUGUAGAGAACAGAUAAUGCUUUACACUGCUUGGAGAAAUGAAAAUACAGAUCUUCUGAAAGACUUUGAUAAUUUCAUAUCGAUCCUGGUAAGUUUCAAAGGUGCGAUAGAACAAAACAGAAAACAAUACGAGAAUCACACCGAAGUUCUUGAUCAGGCAGUACAAGAUAUUGAAAGUGAAGAAAAUCUAGUCGCUCCGAAUACGCAGUAUAGAGAUGAACAAGACAGAGAAAUUGGGCCAAGUGAAUUAUUCGGAUGCUUCGAUCCUGGAAAAGAUAAACAACAUGCCCAAUACGACCUGAUAAAUGAUAUUGAUAUAUAUCCACGAACAAAUUAUGAUGAUGAACUUGUUGUAAAAAGACUGACUGAUGCCGAUUUUAGAAAACUUGUCCAAUCACUUAAUGUUGAACAAAAAGAGUUUUUUUACUAUGUACUGAACUCUGUCAAGACUGAUAAGCUGCCAAUGAGACUGUUUUUAAGCGGAGGUGCCGGUGUAGGUAAAAGUACUGUCACUAAUGCUUUGUAUGAAGCUCUCAUAAGAUACUUGAAUUCUCAACCUCAGAAUGAUCCUGAUGAUGUCAGUGUUGUAAAAGUAGCCCCAACAGGCAAAGCUGCUUUCAACAUAAGAGGAAAUACACUUCAUUCUGCCUUUAAAAUUCCUGCAAACAGAGGAUUCAAUUAUUGUACACUAUAUAGAGACAGAUUGAAUACAAUAAGAUCUCAGUUACAGAGAAUGCAAGUUAUUUUUAUUGACGAGAUAUCUAUGGUAGGAAGUGCUAUGUUUAAUUUUCUUGACUUACGAUUGCAACAAAUCAUGGGUACAAAAGAACCAUUUGGCUGUCUUAGCAUAAUAACAGUUGGCGACUUAUUUCAACUGAAACCCAUGUUCGAUAAUUGGAUAUUUGAGAAUUCAAAGGAUGGUUAUGCUGCAUUAGCAACAAAUCUCUGGCAAAAAUAUUUUCAAAUGUUUGAAUUAUCUGAGCUUAUGAGACAAAGGGAAGACAAAGAAUUUGCUGAAAUUUUAAAUCAUAUAAGAGAAGGAAAUCAUACUGAAGCUGACAUUGAAGUUUUAAAAGAAAGUUAA